UCCAACAAGUUGCAGGGCAAUUAUUGUAUAGAAUCGUGCAGAUAUUAUUGGUUGAAAUAUAUAAAACAUAUUGUUUUAUUCAAUUCUCAUAACAACAAAUGAUAUGUAUUAUUAGAUUUUGUAAAUUCCAAAGUAAUAUAUAUGAAAUUCUGUGUGGAUGAGUAUUUACACAACCUCUACACAUAUUGAUAUUUAAAUAUCAAGAUUUACUAUAAUUAUAAUAGUGUUACUAGUUGCAAUACAUGUCUACAUAUUGUGCGAUGAGUUAAGAAGCCAAUUUUCUUUAUAAAUGCCUUAAAGUAUGGAAGAUAGCGGUAUUGAUAGUGAUCCUAAAGCUGUUAACCAUGUGGAAGACGAAAGACUCUUUUUGGGCAGUGAUAGCAGUUGCAGUAGUAACCACACGCAGGCUUCUCAGCGGAAUACAACCAAACAGUUACAAAAAAAACUUGAGACGCGCAUUGAACAGGCAAAGCGAAUUCAACGUAAUUCAGAUUAUAUAAAGCUUCCAAAAUAUGACAAUGAAAAUAUAAGUAGUACCAGUUCUACUGGAUUGAUAUCAAUCCAAAGAUUGCCUAUACCGCAUAAGAAUAAGGAGCAUCUUCCUCUAGUUGAAUACUGGCAUAGUGAAAGCGAAAGUGAGGAUGAAUUGACUCUUUUUCCUGCGAAAUCAAAGGAUUCCUCAAAGCACAAACAAGAUCUCACAGAUACAUUCAGCAUCGGGGAGUUAAGUGAUGAAAGCGAAGACUCUUUGAACCUGGACCCAGCGCAGCCACCACAUCCAUUUAUGCAAACUUACGUACCUACUGGAUGUUUUGCUUGCCAUUGCCAUAUACUGUAAUAUAGUCUGUGCAUUGAACUGAUUAUUAGUUCAAACUGAUUGAUUAUUAUUUAAGUAAUAAUACGUUGUUGAACAAAGAGAAUAUAGAUAUAUUAUGUUUUUUAU